AUGUAGAGCUAGGUAACAAUGGCGUGGGCGUGCCGACCUCACAUGCAUCUUGAAAACUCUAAUAUUGACAGGACAAGCAAGCAAGCGGUAGGGGCCGGGACAAGAAUGGCGGGCAUGCAGCAUGUCGUGGAUCAAUAGCUUGCUUGAUUAUUACGUACUAACUGAUCGAGUAGUAGCAACAUAAUUUUACAAAGAUCAAUGACCAAGAUGCACGGCCAUUACGCCGCCGUGGUGGUGUUGUUGCUCCUCCUCCCCGGCUGCCUCGACGCCUACCCGGAUGAGGUAGUCAUCGUCGACGUGGGGGCGCUGGAGGAGGGCAUCAGCUGCCACUUCCCCGUGACGGCGCCGGUGGUGCCGGAGUCCCUGGAGGCGCGGCGCCAGCACUACCGCGCCAUUCAGGCCAAGGACCUGGCCCGGCACCGGCAGCUGGCGGCUGGCACCAGGAGGAGGCAGUUGGCGGCGUCGGACAUACCGGAGCUGUUGGCGGCCACGAGCGGGAGCGGGAGCGGGACGUCGUCGCUGUCCACGUUCGAGCUGCCCAUGCAGAGCGCUCUGGACUCGUUGAGCGUGGGCAUGUACCUGGUGACGGUGCAGUUCGGCACGCCGGCGGUGGCCUACAGCAUGGCACUGGACACCGCCAACGGCCUGACGUGGCUCAACUGCCGGCUCCGCGGCCACCGGCGGCACAGGGACAGGGGCAAGGGCAAGGGCAAGGGCAAGACAAUGUCCUUGGGGGACACCCUGGAGGAGCCACCGUUGGUGAACAAGACGUGGUACCGUCCGGCGCGGUCGUCGUCGUGGCGGCGGUACCGGUGCUCGCAGCGGGACACCUGCGGGAAUUUCCCGUACGUGGCGUGCAAGACGCCCGACCACAACGAGUCGUGCAGCUACAAGCAGAUGCUGCAGGACGGCACGGUGACCCGCGGCAUCUUCGGGCGCGAGACGGCGACGGUGUCGGUGUCGGGCGGGCGGCAGGCGCGGCUGCCGGGGCUGGUGCUGGGGUGCUCGACGUACGAGGCCGGCGGGACAGUGGACGCGCACGACGGCGUGCUGACGCUGGGCAACCAGCACGUGUCCUUCGGCAACAUCGCCGGGCAGAGCUUCCAGGGCCUCUUCUCCUUCUGCCUGCUGGCCACGCACAGCGGCCGGGACGCGUCCAGCUACCUCACCUUCGGUCCCAACCCGGCCAUCGAGGCCGGGGGCGUGGCCGGCGAGACGGACAUCAUCUACGUCACCAACAUGCCGACCAUGGGCGUGCAAGUCACGGGCGUGCUGGUCAAUGGCCAGCGCCUAGACAACAUCCCGCCGGAGGUGUGGAACUACCGGGUUCACGGCGGGCUGAACCUGGACACGGGCACCUCCGUGUCGUCGCUGGUGGAGCCGGCGUACGGCAUAGUGACGCGGGCGCUGGCCAGGCACCUGGACCCAAAGCUGGAGAAGGUGUCGGACGUGAUUGAGUUCGAGCACUGCUACAAGUGGGACGGCGUGAAACCGGCGCCCGAAACAAUCGUGCCAAAGCUGGAGCUGGUGUUGCAGGGCGGCGCGAGGAUGGAGCCGAGCCUCACCGGCGUGCUCAUGCCGGAGGUGGUUCCCGGCGUGGCGUGCCUCGGCUUCUGGCGCCGGGAGUUGGGCCCGUCCGUGCUCGGCAACGUGCACAUGCAAGAGCACAUCUGGGAGUUCGAUAGCGUCAAGGGCAAGCUCAGGUUUAAGAAGGACAAGUGCACCACACACGUCCCUCCUGCUAAUCCUUCUUCUUCCAACCAUAUUCCCAAUCCCAAUCCCAAUCCCACCAAAAACUAAUCAAAAUCAAUCUUUCUUCUAUGUAUGUAUGUAUGUAUCAUGUAUCAUGUAUGUAUGUAUGUGUAUCAUAUACCAGUCAAUCUUUUAUCUCUAUGUAUGUAUGUAUGUACCUAUCCUAUGUAAUCCCAAAACCAAAUCUUUUC